GUAUCAGAAUCUCCAUGAUAGUUUGUACAGUUAUAAUGGUGCUUUCUUCGACGUCAAGAAUUAUAACGCUACAUAAACGAAUAGCGACAAUAUUAAUAGCCAUCGGACAAGCUCUUAAUGGAAUAGCCAACAGUAUUACAUUGUGCACCCCAACAGUCGUGUCACAAACCUGGUUCCGGGCGACGGAGAGGACCACCGCUACAGCUGUCUCCACACUAGCAUUCGCCUUAGGUGCAGCAGCUGCCUUUCUUUUUGGACCUCUUACAGUUUCAAUGCCUAAAUUAAAUGGAACAGAAAUUCUACUUAAUGAAACAGAUGUUUCACUUAUUGAAUCUCAAAUGAUGGACUUACAUUACAUGAGUUUUGGGUUGUCCAUCUUUCUGAUGCUGUGCUGUAUCAUUUAUCUCCCUUCCAAACCGAAAACAGCUCCUAGUAAAACAGCAAACAUUGAUAGAUACUCCCUAAAAGUUGGCAUAGGUAAACUCCUCACGAAUCCAUCGGUUUGGUGUAUAGCUGCCGUUUACUCCAUACCAGUAGGAUUUGCUGCAAAUCUUGCAUCUAUCCUUGAUGUGGUUUUAAGUCCAUUUGGAAUUUCUCAGGCUGAUGCUGGCUGGAUGAAUUUUUACGGAUCAAUCGGUGGUGUGGUUGUUGGAAUACUUCUUGGCAGGUUUGUCGACAGAAUUCAAAGGAUAACGAAAACUAUAAUUGUUUUGCUAUAUAUUUGUGCUGCAGUAGAUUUCACAUUGUUUACAUUGAUGUGUGUAAAGAUACUCCCUCAUUCAAAAGUUGCAUUUUAUGCCACAAUCAUCAUAGGAAGUAUUAUAACCAACAGCAGUAUGCCUUUAUUUAUGGAGAUAACGUGUGAAGCCUCCUACCCGGUAGCCGAGGGUGUCACUGCAGGCUUCCUCGGUAUGAUGAUCAAUUUAGGAGCAACAGCGUUCCUGUCAGUAGAACUUAUUCCGAAUGUAGACACAGGUUGGGCUAACUGGGCACUGGUUGGUGUGUACAUCGCUGCUAUCCCUCUCAUGAUGUGUUAUAAAGCACAGUAUAAAAGAAUUGACAUUGACAUUAUUACUGAUUUAUCAUGACAAGUUACAUAAAUUGUUCCAAAAAUGGUUUCAGUACUUAAAAAGAAUUGCUUGCGUAUUAUUUUCAGGGGAUUGUUUUAUUUGAAUAAUUUUACUUACUAGACUAAUUUUACUUGCAAUAGAAUAUACAGCUUGACAAAUGGAAAUGUGUUAUAUUUUUUCCACAGCAUAGAGAAAAUGUAAAUAUAAUAAAUUACAGUAUGUG